CGCGCCAAGUAGGACUUCAAUUUGUUUGUAUCAGUUAGGUUUUAAAGCCUUUGCCAAACAACUCAUAUGCAGCCUUUUUACCGCCAAUCCCUCUAGCUAUGGCUGAUGAAUUUGAUCUCGAAGCACUCGUGCACUUGGAACAGACGUUCUACGACGCGGGGUACACCGACGGCUUUGCGCACGGACGCAUCCACGGCCUGAUCGAAGGUCGAGCCCUCGGGCGCGAAAAAGGCUUCGAGAUAUGGGAAGAGAUCGGUUUCUACGAGGGCUUCGCUACCACCUGGCAAACGAUAUACGCAAAGCACGGACGGGACGACCAACGCGCGAUGCACCAUAUCAAGCAUUUACUUGAUCUUGUAUCGCAGUUCCCACGGAUAAAUCCUUCUGCUGAUGUGGUGGCUUCUGGUGCGAUGGAAGAGAUUGAUAUUUCGAAGCUGCAGCGCCAGAUUCGAUCGCGAUAUAAGGCGUUGUGCGCUUCGCUUGGUGUGAAGCCUACGUUGAGAGCGGUCGAUGCUGAAUCUACUGAGGAUGGUGGUGUUCAAAGCGUGGAUCAGCAGAAACAGGUGUGGAAAUUAGAAGAAGACGCGAGAAGACCGACGAUGCAGGGACUCAGUUUUUGAAGAAGAGGAGGACUUCAGGAUACACCCAGGAUCGCGCUUUCGCGCGCGAAAACAUUUACAUGUGGAUAUCCACCCCAAGAUCACAGAUGACAGCAGUAAAUCGUAUUAAGUAGCUUGGAAAUUUAUCCAAGUAGGCAUAGGUAAUACAGUGGAGACAAAUUAAACGCUCGGAUCUUUGUCCGAGAAAUCAUACUAGGUACUCGAGAUAUCUGAUACACGCAUGGGCAGUCGAUAGCGGUGAAAAAAAUGUUAUACACUGGUGUCCUUCGAGUACGCAGAACCAAGAAAACGUCGGGUGAGUGGUAUCACAUUAAUGGGAGCAGCAAGCGCCGUUCGAGCCGUUGGCGCCAUUCGCUCCAUUGAAGGCUGGCUUGCUCAUCGGGUCGU